AUGGACCCCAGCUCUCUCAAACGCUAUCAUCUCCAUGAAUGGGAACCAAUAGACUUGUUUAAUGCAUAUUAUUCUGCAACAGCUGUAAAAUGUAUCACUGAUGAGGCUCUGAGAUUUCCAAUUGAACAGCUUUAUAAAGUGGCAGGGCAAGGUAUGUUCUGUUUAAUACAUUUAAUUUUUUUACAUAUUCUCAUUUGUAUUACAUGUAAUGUUUAAUCAGUUUAUUCCAAAUUAAUACUGACAAAGAACGGUGAUUUAGAUUAGUCAAAUUUAGAUCAUGUCCUGAUUUGGUUUGUCCAGAUUGUUCUUGCAAAUGACUAAAUUUUAAAUCUCUCUCUGUUGAUGAUUGAGUGGUUAAAUUGGUAGCAUGCUGAGCUGCUCCCCUUCUGCCUAUGUGUGUAGCGUGGCUGAGCAGACUGCUAUCUGUUAGAAAGUGCUCACUGAGAGAAUAAGACACAUGGAGGGGGAAAUUAGAUACAUCGAGGAGUAGGGAGGAUCAGAGACACAUGUGGAGCCGGGGAAAUGAGACACAUGGAGGGGUUCAGGGAAGGGAAUGAGAUAAAUGGAGGGGUUGGGUGUGAGAGAAUGAGACACAUGGAGGGAGGGAGGAAUGCGACACGUGAGUAGGCAGAGGACACUUUAUGCACCGGCCAGGUGGUUUCUAGUUACGCCUCUGGCUGUGGGACUGGGGAAAACUGAGGUUAAUGGGGGAUCUGGUGCACAUCUAUGUCCCUCAACCAUUGCCAGUUAGUUAGGGGUAAAAAAGCCAUUUCCUUGACUGUGUGAGGGUGAGUAUUCAUUUACAAUGGUGGAGGGGGCUUUAGUAAAUGAUGGAGGGGGCCCUAUCAUGCCCCUCUCUCAUUGCACAUGAGUGAGAGUUGCAGACAGCUGCCCUCUGCAGCCUGCUGCUGACAUAAUUAACCACUCAAUUUCUGGCAAUGGGUGACGGCAUGGGGCUCUCUGCAGUCCCUGCAGUCAUAGAGCAUAGUGGAUUUGCGGCAAGCAGCUCAACGCAACAAAGAACGAUAAUUAUCUCCAAAACAAAACUUUUUUAAAGGAGAGACUGCAAGGAAAGGGUCUUUGGACCAUAACCACUCCAGUAAGAUUAAGUGGUUAAAGAGGUUACAGGGAUUCAUUAAGCUUUCAUUUGUUUAAUGAUACGAAUGGAUCCAUUACGAUUACAGAAUUAAUAAAUGUAUGCUUUAUAUAAAAAAUAAAUACACUUCGCACAUCCUAAUGAAAUGUGCUAUGCAGUUCUGCAAGGCUGUACAAUGUAUAAACAGAACAACAUAUAUAUAAGAACCUGAAAUAAAGACAAAGCAGUAAUAAUUUAAUGUAAGGCAAGGUGCAAUGUAUGAAGAAGAGAAAAUAACUUGCCUAGUAUACCAUCUGUAUCUAACCUCAUAUAUUUACAUACAUUACUUGACAUACUCUUAUAUAAAAUUUUUAAAUAGGAAACAUUCCCUGAGACAAUAUGUUAUAUGUGAAAGAAGUGUAUAGUGCUAUAAUGUAUCUACAUUCUUUUUUUUUUAACUUUGUAAAUUGAGUGAAGUUUUAAUUCCUCAAAAAUUGGAAUGCCAUGUUUUUAACUUAGAGGUGGAGUUGGAAGAGAUCACUAAAAAAGUUAUACAUUGUAUAACUCGUUCUGCUGAUUUGUGCUACCAUGUAAUUACAGGACCCACCAUUGUGACAUGCUAAAAGAACUAAACUGGCUGUUGGUGGAAUCCUGACGCACUCUUCAUCUUUCCUGCCUUGUGUUUAAGAGCUUUUCUGGGAAACUCCCGCCCUACCUGAGCAGAAUGCUCUCCCCUGUUCUCACCUCCUAUAACCUCUGAUCCAGUACCAGCACUACCUCAAUAUAAAAAGAAAGUAGCCCAAUCCUCCUUUUCCUACAGAGCGCCGCAAUUAUGGAACGACCUCUCGCACACUUUAAAAUCUUCCCUAAGCCUAAAAUUCUUUAAGAGAUCCCUCUCAGCCUAUCUCAAAACAGAAUGCACCUGUCAUGGUUGAUUAUAUAUUUCCUACCUGUUCUAUUUACAUUUUGUAUAUAUUGUGUAUUAAUAUUGUUUUUGUAUUUUAUUGUACCCUAUUGUAUCAAUGCAAUGUUUUGUGGACCCAGGAUAUACUUGAAAACGAAAGAAAUCUCAAUGUAUCGUUCCUGGUAAAAUAUUUUUUUUUUUGUAAAUUCUUUAUUUUGAAUUUUCAUGUGUCUUUCAUGAGCUUAUCAAUUGUAUGGGAUAUAGAAGAGAAAAGGGGGUUAUAACAAAAUUCAACAGAUAAGGUUACACUUUCAGUUUGGAAGUUUAUCCUAUUGCAUUCAUUCUUCAUUCAUGCUUACUGCUGUGGUUAUUUGGGGUCGGGAAAAACGGGGUGGGUGGAGGUUUCGCAUUGCCAGCCGCGUUCCCGUUCCUGGUGGCGUUGUUAUGGUCAUCCGUCUCUGUGGGUGAGGUGAUGCGGUGGUACCUCUGGGUUCGGGGGUAUUAAACUAUAGGUUUGUGGGUGCUGGGGGGGGUGUUGUCCCUCGUCUCGGGUGGGGAUUGCCCACGAGUCCUUGGGACUUUGUGUGGUGUUCGAGUGAACUCUGAGAGUUCGCUGGGUUCAGAUCAAAAGGGUUUUUUUGAGCGUUUGUUGUGGGUGUGGUUUCGGGUGGGUGGUCUCGGCAAGUAGGGGUGCAUGGGUGUGUGGUGUGGUGGUGUUGGUGCGAGAAAUCGGAGGGUUGUGGAGGGGAGGGGGGUUGUCUGUUCCGUCCCCCCCACCCGCCCCCGCCAGACAGGUUUCACUCCAAUGCCAACCAGGGGUCCCAGAUCUUGUGGAAGUAUCUGGUAUUUUCGUGUAUUAGCGCAGACAGUUUGUCCAUUUCCAUAGUCUCCUGGAUCUUUCUCCGGGCCUACGGGAUCGCUGGGAUCUCUGGGCUCCCCCAAUGGGUCACGAAUGCUCUACGUGUAGCUAAGGCCACCUUUGCUACUAGCUUAUUUUGUGCUCGGGUCAGGUUUUCGUAUGGUUUCGACAACAGCCAGGUCCAUGGGUCUAGAGGGACGUCGGUUUGUAGUGCUUUCGAGGUGAUGGCGGCCAUUUCUGUCCAUAUAUGGGCUAUGUGCCGGCAUUCCCACCACAUAUGGAUGUAUGUUCCCUUCUCGCCACACCCUUUCCAGCAUCUGUCCGUGUCUAUGCGUUUCAUUUGUUUAAGUCUCAGGGGGGUAAGGUACCACUGGAGCAGAGUUUUAUAUGCCUGCUCCUUGUGGUUCACACAUAUGGUUACCGUCGCUGUUGCUUCCCAUAUGUCUGCCCAGUCCGUCAGGUCCCCAGGGGGUCCCAGGUCUCUUUCCCAGGCUUUUACAAAGGAGAAGGCUUCGGGGGGGGUUUUAAGUGCCAGGGUAUUGUAUAUGUCGGAAAUCUGGCCCUUGUGUAUCGGGUUGCUUAGGCAACCCCUUUCAAAUGCUGUUGGCUUCAGCACUGCCGCUGCGGCUAUGCUGGGGGUUGAUAGGAAGCUUCGGAGCUGGAGGUAUCGGAAAUGAUCGAACGUAUUAUAUGGUAUUUUGUUUGGUAGGUCCGGGAAGGGAAUGAGUCAGUUAUCGUGGUAAAAAUGACAGAUUCUAGUGAGUUCGUUAUCCUCAUAGCGUAUAAAGUGUUUGGGUGCCAUUCCCGGGGUAAAUUGAGGGUUUCUCAGUAUGGGCAUUAGGGGUGAGGGCGUGUUUAUUAGGUUGUACUUGUUGGUCACUCUGUUCCAAGUGUGAAUGGCCGUCGUGAGGGCUGGUGUCGUGUUUGGCGGCUGUGGUCUGUGCGGUUUUGGUAUUCACAGGUAGAGUGUUGGCAGAUCGCGUCCGAAGAGAUCAUGCUCCAGGUCCACCCACCGUUUUACCCCUGGUGGGGCAUGCAUGGUUUGAAUUUGGGCAAUUUGGGAUGCUUGGUGGUACUCCCAGAGGUUCGGUAAGCUCAGCCCUCCUUUUUUGUGUGGGAUGUACAGAGUAAUACGUUUUAUUCUAGCUCUUUUUCCCGCUCAAAUGAAUUUGUCUAUGUGCAUUUGGAGCUUUUUAAAAUCUGCUCUCGAGAGCGGAAUGGGGAGGGUUUGAAACAGAUACAAGAAUCGUGGAAGCAAGUUCAUAUUUUAUAAAUAAAUAUGACAUAUUUAAUAGUAAUCAUUUUUGAUAUUCAACAUGUAUGAAAAAAUGUCAGCUCUUAAAUUAAAUCCAAGUGAGAACCAGAAUAUAAACAAAGGAAAAACAUUUUGAAUUAUUUUUUUGCUUUUGUUGUAUAAAUUGUUUUUAUCUUGGGUCUUUUUCUCCGCAGGUCAAAUUACAGGAGAACGUUUGAUUGACAUUUCUGCUGGCCCUAAUAUUUAUCACCUGUUGCCAAUUUUUGAGUUUUUCAGAGACAUCACUAUUUUAGAAUUUAGUGAUCUCUGUGUGAAAGAGCUAGAGAAGUGGAAGAAUAAGGAGUCCGAAAGCUAUGACUGGACUCAUGCCUUAUCGAUUAUGUCAGAAUUGCAAGGUACAAGGUAAGGAUCAAGUUGCUGUUGUUUUUGAUGACUAUAUACUAUAUAGAAUGAUGGCAAAUGACUACAAACCUUUCUGAAACAUAUAUUUUUUAACGGUAUCCAGAGAAGUAAUAGGUAACAGGAAGACAAACCCAUCCAUGUAUCAGAUCAGGGACUGGAUUUUUUUUUUUUUGACCAUUCAUUUAUUAUUUAUAUUCUCUGUCACAUAUAUAUUACCACGGUUCAAAAGAAUGGAUGAAACCGGCUAUACUGACCUUGAUUCUUAAUGUAUCAUUAGUGAAAUAAUACAGAAACAGCCCACAUUUUCCCCAAUGGAGAGUGCAGUUAGUUUAUUAUGAUAACAUUUUAACUUUGAGUUACAAAAACAUGAACAAAUAGAUUAUUUUUCGUGUGCAUAGCCCUAACAUGCUUUUGGUAACAAAAUCAGUAAAAUUAUGUCUGAGCUUUGUAAUUCUAUUGAAGAGCCAUUAUUUUGGUGUAAAGUGUUUAUUUAGUGUGUUUUUUUUACAUACUAGGUUAUGCCUAAUUAUUGUUUCAUUAUUAUGUUUUGUAAUAUCAAAUAAAGAGGUUGAUUUUUUUGGAAAUCCUGCUACCAGUCUCUGCAAAAGGAGUGUAAAGUUCAGACAUUUAUUUUAUUUCAUGUAUCAUGCCCCUCUUUAAGGUGGGGAGGCUUUGAUCUGUCCAUCAUAGAUCAACUUGUUUUGGAAGUGUCUGUGACAGGGACAUUGCUGGGUUUCUAGGCUCUAAGGACACCAGGUGUUUGAGCCCAAAACAAACCUUGAUGACACCUCCCCACAGUAUCACCGAGAUCCCAAACAAUAAAACUCACUGUAAAUUGAAAUCUCAGUGUGUAUGAGUGUUUCACAAAGCUCAAUAGAGAUAAAAGCAAAAUCAGCAAUGAGCGGUGUGUAUGAGUGCACUACAGAGCUCCAAAGCAAUACAUUUCCUAAUCUCACCAAAACAAAACCUUCAGGAAUAUUGUAUCAUAGUAAUGAAUACAUUUACACUACAUGCGCUUAUGAGAUACAGCUCUCAUCAUGCCUUUUCCAUCCCAGUCAAUAGAUAUACAGAGACUCAGUAAGGAGUACCUUGUCUCUCCAUCUCUCCCCUGCCUGACUUUCUUAAACUCAGGGUGGGUCUAAGUGCCAAUCCCCACAGCUGCAGAGAAUUGUCAGUGUCUAUGGAGGAUCUGACAGACCAGCCAAAUGUCUCACUGCUGUCCUCUCAUGCAUGAGUGCUAAUAGAGCAGUGAUGUUGGCACUAAAAUACCAAGAGUUGACAAAGAGCAGACUGAGAAAGAUGGUAGCCUCCACAAAGGAUAGGUUCAGGUAAAUAAAAGUCACCUUACCUGUCCCUCCUCCCCGACGGAGACUGUGCCACUUUAAGAAAAUUGAUUUGCAGCACAACUUGUCACAUCAACAAUUGUACAGCGGAGCAAGGGGUAUAAUAUUUUCAGUCAUAAAUCCUUGGUACAUUGCUUUUAAAUUAUUUUUAUCCUGUUACCCUGUCUUCAGUGUCCCUUUAUUUAAUCAAAUCCCUAAAAGCUGAAAUCUACUUCAAUCAAGACACUACUACAUCAUAACAACUAUAGCUGACUGAAAUAGUGACCAUGGUUGGAGUUUAACAGUGCUAAAUGCCAGCGGGCCGCAAAGAACGUCCCAGCCAUCCUUAUUACUUAUUACAAUCCUGGGCCAAGUGAUCGCGGGGUACUCACGAUCAAAUAGCCAGAAUAGCGGGGGCGUGUCCAACUUCCGGCAAGAUCGGUCGCAUGGAGUAGGAGCUCCGCACCACCCGGGCCAGAUUACCUAUCAAAUUAUCAAAAAAUAACCUAAAUCAAGCGGGAGGUGAAGUUCAAGAGUGUUCCUAUGUCACUCUCGAAGCAAACAAAACUAACGGACGCGGUCUGUCACCACAAAAAAGAGCGGCUGAAACAGGCCCAAGAUGGCGCCGCGAGCAGAGCUCAGCCUCUGGAACCUGAUGCCUAUAACGAGACGCCCUCGCAAUUAACGGCGGAUGAAAGCCAAAUAUCGAAGGAGUACUUAAAACAAAUGCUCAUGGACCUCAGAGCUACAAUUAAAGAGGAUUUUACUACCGCCAUUUCGGGUAUCCAUCAGGAAUUGGAGGAGUUAGGCGACCGCACAAACCAGGUCGAACGUAAAACAGAUGACCUCUGCUCGGCACAUAAUCUACUGGCUGACAAACUACAAAAAUUGGAAGAAGACAAAACCAAAUUGUGGCACAAGAUGGCGGACAUGGAGGACCGUUCUCGCCGAAACAACGUAAGAUUUCGGGAGGUAGCGGAGUCCGUCACAGCAGACCAGAUCCCCACAUAUAUAACAGCUUUAAGUGCCACACUGGCCCCUGAUCUAUCCAGUAUCACUUGGGAACUGGACAGGGCCCACCGCGUACCUAAACCACCCAGGUUCGGAGCGGAAGUCCCAUGUGACAUUAUCGUGCGCUUCCAUUACUUUAAAGCCAAAGAAGCACUUCUCAAGGCAGCUAGGGCUAAGUCACCGUUGCCCGACCCUUACAGCACCGUCUCUAUAUACACAGACCUCUCGGCCCUCACAAUGGCGAGAUGGAAAGAAUUCUCCUCUAUCACCAAGACCCUACGCAACCAUGCUCAAGCUUACCGUUGGGGGUUCCCCUAAAAUUAAUGAUAUGGAGGAACAACAAGCUCCACACUAUAGACGACCCAAUAGGAGGUCUGUCCACACUGAAGCAAUGGGGCCUAUGGGGCUCACCUGAAAAUACUCAGACACAACCGGACUCUGCGGCCACCCCGAAGAGGACCCGGUCCGAAUGGCAGAUGGUUGGCUCGCAACACUAAAGAAGACACCGUCAAAGACAGCAUCCCCCUGGAUCCACCUAACAGCAAGUUCCACGACGUCACACGAAGACACCUUAACUGUCUGUAGUUGCACUCACUCGGGACAUUAGCUUCUCACUCAUGGACUGGUACCUGAAGGCUUUACACCUCGACCCAGGCCCACACGACAACGCAGUGAUAAUGGCCGUCGACCCCAGCCGUCAAAAGUGGUAUUGUAUCAGGAACCCACGUCAGUGCAAUGAUUUAGCAAGGGAGGGGGACUGA